AUGGUGCGUGCAUGGUUCAUGGCGGAUGUGACAGGAAAGGAUCAGAGAGAUCCCUUGAUGUUGGAUCCUCCUGAGGAUGUGGACCUUGAGUAUCUUCGAGAACAUACUCAUGUCCUGUACUUCAAGUUGGAUCCAAAAAACUAUGAGGAGGAGCUUGGGAAAAUUCGCAAAGAACGAGGCUAUACAUAUCAGGAUGAACUCAUUUGCUCACCUGACAAAUUGCCCAACUAUGAAGAUAAGCUGAAGAUGUUUUUUGUGGAGCAUCUUCACAGGGAUGAGGAGAUUCGAUUUGUCCUAGAAGGAUCUGGGUAUUUUGAUGUCAGAGACCCUGAGGAUCGAUGGAUUCGAAUCCAUGUUCUUCCUGGGGAUCUUCUAGUCCUUCCGGCUGGGAUAUAUCAUAGAUUCACCCUUGAUCAUACUACUCAGAGUGUCUUCGGAGAGAGCAAGAAGGACGUUCUUGAAGAAAUGCCCGAAGAGGACGUUCGAAUAGGCCGCACUCAUGAAGAUGAAGACAAUAUGAAAAGUCAAGAGGAGCAAGAUCAUCCGGUGGAGGUUUGCAUUCAUUAG